AUGGCCACCAAUGGCGGAGAUGCCCAAAGUGCAAGCCUCGACAUGACGGUGCUCGGCCUCAACUCAGGCACGUCCAUGGAUAGCAUCGACUGUGCACUCUGCCGGUUUCGUCAGAAAGCGCCGGAUGAGCCGAUGCACAUGGAGUUGCUUCGGUAUGAUGAAGUGUCUCUCCCAGAAGCGAUCAAGGCGCGCGUCAUGCGCAUGAUUCUGUACAAUGCAACGACCCCUGAGGAGCUUGCAGAGGUGAACGUCAUCCUUGGGGAGGCAUUUGCCGACGCCGUCGAGACCUUCACAGCUCGGCACGGCAUCCCGAUUACCUCUAUUGAUGUCAUUGGCUCUCACGGACAGACAAUCUGGUUGCUUAGCAUGCCUCGCAAAGGACAGGUACGGUCGGCCCUGACGGCAGCUGAGGGCAGCUUCAUUGCCGCCCGCACAGGCAUCACCACCGUUACCGACUUUCGUGUCUCUGACCAAGCUGCCGGCCGUCAGGGUGCGCCUCUCAUCGCCUUCUUCGACUCCUUGUUGCUGCAUCAUCCGACUCGGUUGCGGGCAUGCCAGAACAUUGGCGGCAUUGCCAACGUAUGCUUUGUCCCGCCAGACGCGGAUGCCGACGGAGUCCUGAAUCCGGCCUUCUUCGACUUCGAUACAGGACCGGGAAAUGUGCUCAUUGACGCUGCCGUGCGUCACUUUACCAACGGUCGUCGCGAGUAUGAUAUCGAUGGCGAAAUGGGCGCCGCUGGCACCGUUGACGACGAAAUAGUCCGUCACUUCCUCGCCUCGCACCCCUAUUUUGCCCUCGAACCCCCCAAAACGACUGGUCGAGAGCUAUUUCGCGAUACCCUCGCCUGGGAGCUCAUCGAGCGCGGUCUCGCACGUGGCCUCUCACCCAACGACGUCAUUGCCACCAUCACGCGCAUCACUGCCGAGGCCAUCGUCGACUGUUACCGUCGCUACAUGCCAACCCAGUACGGACCCCUCGCAGAAAUCUUUAUGUGCGGUGGCGGUGCCAAAAACCCCAACAUAACAUCUCAUUUGCAGGCAGCCUUCCCGCAGACUCGCAUCACCAUGCUUGACGAAGCUGGAAUCCCUGCAGAUGCCAAGGAAGCCGUCACUUUUGCUUGGCAAGGUAUGGAGGCCGUUGUAGGUCGAAGCAUACCUGUGCCUGAGCGCGUUGAAUCAUCUAGACGCUAUGUACUCGGUAAGCUGAGCCCUGGUCGCAACUAUCGCCGUCUCAUGCGCUCAAGUAUGGAAUUUGGCAAGGGGCGGGACGUGCUGGAGCCGGUGAGCGCCUUGGUGAAUUAUGUCGACGGCAAGGUGUUUGUUAAUACCACCUGA